UAAAUACGCUACGUGUAGACUUUAGUGUUCAACAGACAACAACAAUAGGCCAGCGGAGUGCUACGCCCCCUUGUUGCACAAGGUGGAUGUGCAGGAACAGAGAGCGCUCCCCAAGGAAUGGGUCGCUACAGUCAUCCGACCAUCGCGCUUCAGAUGGUCGCUGUCUUCUCUCUUUGUGUCUGACUGGGAAACACGCUCAGCCAAUCUGAUUCCAGUGACGCAGCGCGAGGAGGAUCUACUGCUUCAUCAUAAUAUUUAACACACCCACCCAAAUUCACACAUGCCUCAGUUUGCUUUAUCUGGCUCUGGGAUGCACUCCGAUCCUUGGCACUUGUCACGAUUUAUUUGUGAUUUGUAGGCUUUUUAUUUUUAUAUUAGGUUUAUUCGCACCCUGGAUUGUUGGAUGAGACAUGUAGGCUACUUCUCAAUAAAUUCUGCUUUACUCAACAAAAGGACUUUCCUACUGUCUGCGAUGAGCAGCGGUCACGGUGCAUUUCUUUUGACACGUUACCAGUGGCCAGUUGAUCAGCUGCAGCUUCGCUCACACCUUGGGCUCGAGGUUGGGAGGCUUGGAUCGAUGCUCGACAGUAGAAAAUCGCGUGAACACUACUUGUUUUAGUGCUGCUUUGGUUCCCAUCGCAGUCAGAAAUAUCUUGGAUUGAGUGUACAUUAAGGUUGGCGUGUAGAGAGAGAGUGAGUUGAGAAUGCCGCUUGCGCAAGUCGGCAGUUUGUCUGAACGUAGUCGACCUGUUUUACCUGGGCGGAUGCGGAGAAUUAUGUUAUUCUGAAUCUGGAAGAAAAACAGAGAUUCUACAUAUUAAGGAAUAUAAAGGCUGAACACUGAAACCACCAUUCAAGACGGCAAGUGAAGAUGGUUACUACGUGUUCAAUGUAUAUUUCAUUAAAUUGGCUUCCAGUGUGAUAAACAUUAUCAGCGAUGUAGUCAGCCUGGUUAUAUGCGUGUUGAUCAUUUGCAGUAAAUACUCACAGUUGCUCAAACAAGGGACUAUGAAGAUGAUACUAUUCCGUAAAUUUCGGGUCUUGAUUCUCAUGGUGUUUCUGAUCGCCUGCUCGAUGCACAUUAUGAUAGACUUGUUACCUAAGCUGGAGCGGCGCAGCAACACCGGCUGCUCCUGCUCGCACACGCCGAGCGAAGAGCCCGAGAACUGGGCGAAGCACCGCGUCAUUUCGGGAGCGGAGUCAGGCUGGCCUAACAAGCACACUCUGAGAAUCCUGCAGGACUUCAGCAACGAACCAAACUCGAAUAUCUCGUCUCACUCCCUGGAAAAGAUUACUACGGCCGGGGACAGAACGGAGGCUUUGAAACGACUUGAACAUUACGCGCAGAAAGGAGACAACGGGAGACGGUUUAUACAGGACUCGGUAGUUACCAAGCACGUGCCUGUCAGAGGGUCGCGCCUGCUGGCUCUGUUCGACCAUCCUCUUUACAUGCGAGCUUUACCGACGGUCACAGACGAAGACACCUUGUUCAACGUCAACACGGACAUCCGAUUCGACCCAAAAGCCGUUGAGAAUCAGGAAUGGCACGGAGAAGGGACUGUGGAAGAGUACCCUCCAGCUGGAGAGCCAGUGGCUGACUCCUACCCCAACUGGCUCCGUUUUCACAUAGGCAUUAAUAGAUACGAGCUGUACUCCAGGCACAACCCUGCCAUCGACGCACUUCUCAAGGACCUGGUCUCCCAGAGAAUCACCAGUGUUUCUAUGAAGUCUGGAGGCACCCAGCUGAAGCUCAUCAUGACCUUCCAGAACUACGGCCAGGCUCUGUUCAAACCCAUGAAGCAGACCCGGGAGCAGGAGACCCCUCCAGACUUCUUCUACUUCUCCGACUUUGAGAGACACAAUGCAGAAAUCGCUGCCUUUCAUCUGGACAGGAUCCUGGACUUCCGGCGUGUUCCACCUGUGGCCGGCCGGCUGGUCAACAUGACCAAGGAGAUCAGAGAUGUGACUAGGGACAAGAAGCUGUGGAGGACCUUCUUCAUUUCCCCUGCCAACAACAUUUGCUUCUAUGGCGAGUGUUCCUACUACUGCUCCACUGAGCAUGCUCUGUGCGGUAAGCCAGACCAGAUCGAGGGCUCGCUGGCCGCCUUCCUGCCUGACCUGGCUCUCGCCAAGCGCAAGACCUGGAGGAACCCCUGGAGACGAUCCUACCACAAACGCAAGAAGGCCGAGUGGGAGGUGGACCCAGACUACUGUGAGGAGGUGAAGCAGACCCCUCCUUACAACAAAGGAACACGUCUACUGGACAUCAUGGACAUGACCAUAUUUGACUUCCUGAUGGGGAAUAUGGACCGCCAUCAUUACGAGACGUUUGACAAAUUUGGAAAUGAGACCUUUAUUAUCCACCUGGACAACGGCAGAGGGUUUGGGAAGCACUCCCAUGAUGAGGUGUCCAUCCUGGUGCCCCUGAGUCAGUGCUGCAGGGUACGCAAGUCCACCCUCCGGCGCGUGCAGCUGCUGGUGAAGGAGGAGUACCGUCUCAGCUCCCUGAUGUCUGAGUCCCUCCUCCGGGACCGCCUGGAGCCCAUCCUCAUCCAGCCCCACCUGCUGGCCCUGGACCGCCGCCUGGGGAGGGUCCUGGACGUCCUGCAGAGCUGCAUCUCCAAGGAGGGCUACGCCAGUGUGGUGGAGGACGACCUGGGAGAGAGGGUUGGGGGCAGGGAAGAGGGCCACACCAUGCCCAGGGGGAGGUAGCUGCCUGGGGGAGAGGACUGGAAAUGACUGGGGUUGUUUGAACUGAUCUAGUCCAGACUAGCUCAGAUGAGUUUAGAAGGGGCUGGACAAGAGAUUGCUUUUGUGGACCAACUAACCCUGGGCCAGAAUAGCCUGGUCUGGACUGGAUCAGGCUGGUAUUCCCGCCUUGCCUAUCCUGGUCUGGACUACACAGGACUUGCGUGGACUACACUUCACAGAACUGUCUGGAAUGAUCUGAGUGUCCAGACUGGUGUGCCUCAGCCCUAGCUACACCAGACAGAACUGGUCAGGACCAGACUAGACCAAAGUCACCAUAUUCCCCUUAAGUAACCUGUACUACCCCCUAGUGGACAGUCUAUCCUACACCCCACCCACUUGAAGCCACCCGCCCAGUCCACUUAAAAGUACAAGACUGGGGAAGUGUUGUGAGAUCCACGCGUCCAGUCCUGGAGAUGUGCUUUUUGAAUUCAGUGAAUUCUGAGACUUGAUUGUUUCACCCCACAAGCCCCACUACAACAGUCUCCUGGGACACGGAGUUGGACUGGUUCAUUUAACAUCAUGGAAAAACUUUUUCUUGCAUCCGAUACUCUACUGCUUCUGUUGCUCUUUCUGUUGUUGUUGUUGUUGCUGUUGUUAUUGUUGUUGGAUGGUUUUGUUACCCAAGAUAACCCGUGACUGGAGUGCCGGUUUACUCCUGACACUCUGGCUACUUUGAUCCCAUCAGAGAUUGGAUGUCCCAAGAUAUUUAUUGAAUGUCAUAUUUAUUAUUUGAGGUAAAUGAAACGUCCACCGAUGCUCCCACAUGGGGUCAUCUAUGACAACAUGACCAACACCAUUCCCAAAAACUUGACUGGUGUGGACGUGGUUCUAUACGUGGACAAUAGAGGGCAGCACCAGCACAUGUACUGUAGGGAAAGUCAAGGGCCUUGCAGAAGAACUUGGCCUUGCUCUCCAUAACCCCAGUUUCUCCAGUGUUCUCAGAAGGCUUCAUAGGACAGCCUACAUCGUUGAUGCGACAUUCCAGUUUCGGAACUAUUUGGAGCUCUUUGGAACACGGCUGCGAUAGCCUGAGUUGUGUCACUGUAUGUCCAGGACAUUUAUCAAAAAUAGAAUAGCUUACUAUCUUGCCUUGUCAACAACACAUAUCCACCCUUAAAUAGAUUUAAUUAAAAGGAAAAUGUGACUCAACUUUGUAACCCUAUGUUUACAAAAUGUUAUUUUUUUUCCUUUUCUUUUCUGGUCUUCUAAUUGUUUGAUAUUUCAAUUUAUUUGAUAAGGUUACAUCGAUGGUACUUUGCAGUACCGAAUGUGACACCAGGAGUUGUUUUUGUAUUGUUAUUUCUUACGGUGUUAUGUCUGUUGUCCAGGUGUUGUUGUUGAUAAUGCUUGAUAUUUCUCUACCUUCAAACGGAUGAAAUACAUUACGCGAAGUCAGCUUUUCAAAUGUGGCUGGAGGUUAAUGUAGAUCGUAGGAACAUCUAGUGCCUGUGCAAUGAUAGACAUACUUGAAUGUUUGGAGUUUAUGACUGAGGGAGUCAUUAACGAAAAUGGUAUUCCCAUAUCGGAAGCAAAAUACUCGGAAUUGGAGUGCGGAGGUCUGUGUAUACAUCCCACUGUGUUUUCGAUUUAAGUUUCCUUAUUUCUGUGUCAAUAUGUUGGUAUGGAGACCGGCUGCAUAAAAGACUGCAAUCUGCAGUAAAAACAUCUUUUAUACGCAGUUCAUUGUGUCUGUGGAGUUUAUUUGCAUCAUGUUUGAAGUGCAAUAAAGACAAAUGUGC